CAGUCUUUGGCUGUGUGCGUGCGUGCCUGUGUGUGUGAGAAGAAGAAAGAGAGGAGAAAUGCGUGUGCUGUCGUGCAAAUUUCUUGGCCGAGUUGUGAACUCCGCGCUGCCCCAACAAAUCAUUUCACUGCGUUCCCUGUCCAAAACCAGUGCAGCUAUGGUGAAAGUAGGAGACUCCCUGCCGGCGGUGGAUCUAUUCGAGGACUCGCCAGCCAACAAAAUCAACACCGGCGAUCUGGUCAACGGCAAGAAGGUGAUCAUCUUCGGCGUUCCCGGCGCCUUCACUCCAGGGUGCUCCAAGACCCACUUGCCCGGCUAUGUGAGCUCCGCCGAUGAGCUGAAGUCCAAGCAGGGCGUGGACGAGAUUGUCUGCGUUUCGGUCAACGAUCCCUUUGUGAUGUCCGCCUGGGGCAAGGAGCACGGAGCCGCUGGCAAGGUGCGCCUCCUAGCUGAUCCCGCCGGCGGUUUCACCAAGGCCCUGGAUGUGACCAUCGAUCUGCCACCGCUGGGCGGCGUGCGCUCCAAGCGCUACUCGCUGGUGGUGGAGAACGGCAAGGUGACCGAGCUGAAUGUCGAGCCCGAUGGCACCGGACUCAGCUGCUCGCUGGCUAACAACAUUGGCAAGAAGUAAACGGAAUCCAGUCAGCCCGGAAACACUAGAAACUCAUACAGUAAUGCUAGGCCGCAAUGAUAUCAAUUACGUCUUCAAAAGAACUAUGUAAAACGUACAAUAUAUAUGCGAUUAGAGAUGUUA